AUGAUAUUCGGGGUUGAGCCUGGCCUGGAGAAAGAAUCGAGAAAGCUCUGGAACUAUGACUCCAUAGUAAACUUCAAUAUUGUUGAUGCUUUCAUGGCCACAAUCAAAUUUUCGAGACUGGUGACGACAUUCAGUCAAAGACUGAACGAUCAACGCAAGGUCGUUGGGCUUGACCAUCGCACAGGUCAAGUUGCUAGCAUAGCUCUUACAUCAGACGAGCCCUGCGUUGUGCUGGGCUGCGGCCGUGAAGUCAAUUAUCCUUCUGGACGUCCAGACGGUCUUCCUUUGGGACGUGCGUGUCGGUGCCACUGCCCAGAGCUUCUACUCUCGACGUCCCAGGAUAGAGCGCCUCCUCUGACGAAGAUCGACUACUUGGAGCAGCGAGAGUAA